AUGAGUCAACUAGGACAAGUGGCCGGAAUUUUACGUAAACUUAAUGAAGAAUAUCAAAUUAGUACACCGAAAAAAUUAAAAUUAAUUGAUGCAUAUUUAAUUUAUGUUUUAUUAACGGGUAUUAUUCAAUUUGCUUAUUGCCUUCUUGUUGGAACAUUUCCAUUUAAUUCAUUUCUUUCGGGAUUUAUUUCAACAGUUGGUUGUUUUAUUUUAGCUGCAAGUUUACGUAUUCAAUUGAAUAAGGCUAAUCAAUCAACGUUCAAUGUUACACCUGAACGUGCUUUUGCUGAUUUCGUUUUUGCUCAUAUCAUUUUACAUUUAGUUGUGAUCAAUUUUAUUGGUUAA